GUCUAGGGCCGGCGGGCGGGGUUCUAAUCUCUUACAACAGCGCGCGCCAGCACUCCAGCGGCUGUGGGGACCGGCGCCUGUCGGCUGUGGAUCCCUUGCGAGCCGCCACUGCCACAACUAGCUGCGUUCGCUACGAGGAUUGCGCGCUUCCAUCCAGUGUAUAAUGAAUCCCAGUAUGAAGCAGAAACAAGAAGGAAUCCAAGAGAAUGUCAAGAGUAGUCCUGUUCCAAGAAGAACUCUGAAGAUGAUUCAGCCUUCUGCGGCUGGGUCUCUUGUUGGAAGAGAAAAUGAGUUGGUUAAAGGCUUGCCCAAAAGAAAACAUUGGAAUGAUCAGUUAAUAUCUAAGACUUCCAGCUCUGGAGUUGUUACUAUCCCAGAACAUAGUGAAAAUAAAGACCUUGGAGGAGUCACUCAAGAAGCAUUUGAUCUUAUGAUUACAGAAAAUCCAUCUUCUCAUUAUUGGAAAGAAGUGGCAGAAAAACGGAGGAAGGCUCUCUAUGAAGCACUUAAGGAAAAUGAGAAACUUCAUAAAGAAAUUGAACAAAAGGACAAUGAAAUUGCCUGCCUGAAAAAAGAGAAUAAAGAAUUGGCAGAAGUAGCAGAGCAUGUCCAGUACAUGGCCGAGGUCAUAGAGAGACUGAGUAAUGAACCUCUGGAUAACUCUGAAUCACCGGAUAGUCAGGAAUUUGAAUCUGAAGAGGAAACUGGUGAGGAUUUGGAAGUAGAAGACUCAGAAGUUGGUGCUUGUGCUGAAGAAGUUGUCUCUUCCUCUACAGAUGCAGAACCCUGUACAUGAAAUUCAGUAAUAUUUGACUUUUGAGAAACAUACUGCCAAAGUUUACCUCCACUAUAGUCCUUUGUAGCAGAGCAAAUAACUAUAUAGUGCAAACUUGGAAUCGAACUUCCUUGUUUGUAUCAUGGGACACUAUUAUUGUAUUAAAAUACAAAUACUGUGUAUUUUUAAUCUAUGAUGUUUUGUGUAAAUAGCAUUUUCUCAGUUGUCAGACAUGACUUGUGUAUAUGAUAAAUAAACUUCAUUCUAUUGA